AUGGCACAUAUAAACCGAGAAAAUGCCGACAAUGUUGAUCUUCCACCGGAGCGUACCGGAUUGCCUGUUCACACUAGGCUUUUUAUGGUACGGUACGUACCGGAUUACUUUUCAUAUCACCUCCAAACGGAGUGAUUUUCGCUCCGCGGCGUAUCGGAUUGCUGCAUCGUUGUGUAAACAGCACCCCCGAUCCGGUAUGAAAAUCGCUAUGCUCCGGAUGAAUAUGGUAUAGUGUAAUCGAGGCCUAAGUUUGAGGACUUCUUGAAAUGUCCAAAAUGCUCAUAUCAUGCAUACGCUGUGAUACAAUAAAUAAACAGGAAUUGGCAAUACCGACAAGCGCCACAGAAUUUUAAUUAACUACUGUUCAAAUUUCGUGAAACGAAUGCGAUCUGAUUUCUGGUGGCCCAGAGGUGCAAUACGCACUAGCAGCAUUAAGCUGCCUCAUUCACUCCGACGUUUGACCUUUGUCUCAUUUCCUAGAAAAUGAACCUAUUCGUUUCUAAGAAUUCUUUAUUACUUUACAGAACAACAGCCAAUAGCCACUAUGUUUGGUAGAUUGUCAAGGGACGUGGUGCUUUUUGUUCUGGUAUCAGCUGCUACUGCUUUACUGGGUGAGUGUUGCUUCGGGAUGAACGCAAGCUAGAUGCUACCGGGCAGAAUUUGAAAACUAUCAGCUUAAACCAGUUAUUAUAUUUAGGGCACACAAGAAUCUAAAAUUUAUCCGUUUAAGCCAGUCAUUAUUUCAUAUACAAGGAUUUAAAAUCUAUCCAAACCAGUCAUAAUUCGUGCAUACACAAUACCUAUAAAGUGGAUUUCAAAGAAUGAUAUAACACAAUAGAAUACACCAGAAACAAUAAUGUUGCCCUCCAUAGACAAUAUAGAUUGCAACGCUAUAUGCCCUGAAUCGUAAAUUAUAUAUUAUAUAACAAUCAGUUUGUCACUACACUUGGACCUUUUUGUAAACAACGUUUGCAACAAAAUAUAUUUUAUUACCAUAUUACUGGUAGUAUAUAUUAUUUUUGCUCUAACCAAGUACAAUACGCAAAACUCUGACAUCCACCGAGACUUGCGCAAAGUGUCAUGGAGCAUGCAAGAGUGAUUAGACGCGACCAGAAUCGAAAGUGAGGAAUGUGUCAUUCUUAAUGGAAAUUAUUGUAUUUAAACUAUAUCUAGAAUAAAGCUCCAAACUGAUAAACAAUCCUUUUAUUCUCUCCUCUCCACAGCGCAGGAUAAAGGUGAGGAUGGAGAGUGUCACAAAGAUGAUCCUGACUGUGCCAUUCGACACAUGGGCAUAGCUUGGCAGGACUUGUUAUCUCAUGUUGAUCUUAGUGCAAUCAGUAAAGAGCUUCUCGCAGCCAUUGCAGGAGGGAAAAGUUCGGCUCAGAAGACGUUGGCAAUGAGUCUUAACCAAGUUAUUGUGAUGGUGGCAACAGGAGCUUAUUGGGCCAAACCUUGUCACAUGCAUCCUUCUGACGCGGAAAUGUCGCUCUUGCAGGGUCGUUUUGCGUUCAAGCUUCACACUUCAUCCAGUCUUUAUGUUUUAGACCCAGGACAAAAGUUUUUUGUUCCGAAGUGGCACUCUCAUGCCGAAAAAACUUACGGAGUUAAUCCAGCAGUAUUUCUGGUAGUAUGGUCUCCUAUACCAGAAAACAAAUCAGAGCUCACUAUCUACGUGUCUGAAAAAGAGUGUGAUGUUAAUCAUUUGCCAGCACCAAAACUACCAGAUUUGAAGCAGAUUCAGAACACCCUCAUGCGGCCUAUCCUUCCAGAAGAAUGGAGUGCUACUGUUCUGCUUCACCCAUUUAGUCCACGCCAAAGCAAGUAUACUGAAAAAGACAUGAUGUUCACGCAACUUGUGAUAGCCACGCUAACGUACAGUUCUAAACAGAACCUUUUCUACAUCAACGUGCAAGGCUGUAGCAAAGGAACAUGGCAUUACAAAAUGGAACAUAAACAUACUUACAUUAAGAAUGGUGAGAACUGGCUCAAAGUGGACAUGGGCUGGGAUUUUCCAAGCAGGGACUGGUUGGGUCAAAAGUCUACUUAUGUGGGCAACUCUCCUCUAAACUGGAUGAAAGAAGAUGAAGACAUGGCGUGGUGGAAGCAGCGUCAUAAUAAUUCGUCAAACUGGUUCUGGUUUAACAAAAACGGCGCCCCGUUUCGAAUCAUGUUCGGUGUACCACCACCAAGUAUUUCAAAAGGAAACAGAAACAAUCUUGCAUUCUUCCAAAUGUUCUCUUUUUCGUACAUUGUCAACUUUGAACCUGUGUUUAUGGAAAGUGAAGAUAUUUUCAAAAACCAAGCUACCCUCGACAUAGCUGGUCUAAAAUGUGAAAACCCAUAUUCAUUCGAAGUGUUUAAUUGGUCAUCGCAUUUCAAGAUGUCGGCAAUGAUGGUUCCCGUGGACUUCAAAAGUAAUCCCCUUCCUUCUGUCGUCUUCUACCGUUGGGAUGACACUUGGAACAGGAAACGCCAAGGUAGACUGCAAACGACACAUAUGUACUACACGUAUAACGCCAACCAGGGACUUGUUUCAACAGCAGCAUUAUUUGGUGGCUGGUCAGACGAACAUAUCCAACAAGAUGGUUACCUCUUGGACAGUGACACAAACGCGUGGACUCACCGUUGCGAGAGAUUGAUGGUAGAUGACAUGCCUAUUGGACAAGAGCCUCCUUGGUGGCCUAUAUUAGGGCAAGCACAGAUCAUGGCUGUGAUACACAAGCCUCUACAUUCACCACCCAACUGGGUUUCGCCUCUCACGGGAACCAACCGCACCGUAGCAAUUUUGGGUCUACUUUUUCCACCACAUCGACCACAAUACCCAGACAAUACCUACUUAUGGACGUGGUACGAUUACACUGAAUAUUCUGAGGGAAAAGGACCCGCCCGGCCCAUUACCUUCAUGCAGUCUGCUUCGACUCUCCACGAAGGCACAAGUCUAGCGCUGGCAGAUUACUUCGACUAUUUCCAGUUGGAAGAAGAUGUUCAUAGACAUACGGGGUAUUUGGAGGAUACCCUAAAGCAAACAUGCCCCACAAUUUUCUUGGAGCCUGGGUUUCGGGAAGAGACAGGGAGACAUCGGCCUCAACCAGCAGCAUUCAUUCCAGGUCUAAAGCCAUGGCAUACUAAGGAUGACAUUAAAGACUAUCCUGACGAUUUUUAG